CAUAAAUCCCGUUGGUGUUCCGCCUGUGGAAAAGCGACCGUUGGAGCGUUUUCGCUUCACCGUGCUCCCAUCCGUUGUGUCCGUCAGCGGCCAUAUCUACUGUAACCGCAUUCAUUCAUUUUUAGACGCACUGCUAUUUUUUUCUUGAACCAAAAGACGGCUAUUUAGUGAGAAGGCCGUGAGCAUCUCGUUGUUUCGUUACCCUCUCGGACGUUUGUCGGUUUAUGCCUCGGUGAGUGUCCGUUGAAGGCUGGGUGGUAACAGUUCGGCUUCACGAUGAUCGAGCGACCAGAAACCGCGGUUCCCAGCAUCGCUCAGCGGAACCUAGAGGGCUACGUGGGCUUUGCCAACCUCCCCAACCAGGUGUAUCGGAAGUCUGUCAAAAGAGGGUUUGAGUUCACAUUAAUGGUUGUAGGUGAGUCUGGUCUCGGGAAAUCGACUCUCAUCAACUCCCUGUUCCUGACUGACCUCUACUCUAAGGACUACCCUGGCCCCUCCCACAGGAUUAAAAAGACUGUUCAAGUGGAACAGAGUAAAGUUUUGAUAAAGGAGGGAGGAGUCCAACUAACCCUAACCAUCGUGGACACACCAGGGUUUGGCGAUGCAGUCGACAACAGCAACUGCUGGCAGCCUGUCAUUAAUUACAUUGACAGCAAAUGCGAGGACUUCCUGAAUGCUGAGUCGAGGGUCAACCGCAGGUCCAUGCCGGACAACAGAGUCCACUGCUGUCUAUAUUUUAUAGCACCAUCUGGACACGGCCUAAAACCUCUUGAUAUAGAAUUUAUGAAAAGGCUCCAUGAUAAAGUCAAUGUCAUACCUCUCAUCGCAAAGGCUGACACACUGACGCCUGAGGAGUGCCAUCUUUUUAAAAAACAGAUUAUGAAAGAGAUUCAAGAGCACAAGAUUAAAAUAUACGAGUUUCCAGAUGUAGACGAGGAUGAGGACAAUAAGCUGGUCCGGAAGAUCAAGGAAAAAAUGCCGCUGGCAGUGGUUGGCAGCAAUGUCGUUAUUGAAGUGAACGGCAAGAAGGUCAGAGGUCGUCAGUACCCAUGGGGUGUGGCAGAAGAGGGCAUUUUUGUCGAGAAUGGGGAACACUGCGACUUCACUGUGCUGCGCAACAUGCUGAUCAGGACCCAUAUGCAGGAUCUGAAGGACGUCACCAACAAUGUCCACUACGAGAACUACCGCAGUAAGAAACUUGCUGCUGUCACGUGUAAUGGUGUGGACACCUCCAAGACCAAGGGACAGCUCACCAAGAGUCCCCUGGCUCAGAUGGAGGAGGAGCGCAGGGAGCAUGUGAUGAAAAUGAAGAAGAUGGAGGCAGAAAUGGAACAGGUGUUUGAGAUGAAGGUUAAGGAGAAGAAGCAGAAACUGAAGGACUCAGAGGCUGAGCUGGAGCGACGCCACGAACAGAUGAAGAGGAACCUGGAGGCGCAGUACAAAGAGCUGGAGGAGAAGAGGCGAGUGUUUGAGGAGGAGAAGGCCAACUGGGAGGCUCAGCAGAGAAUCCUCGAGCAGCAGAAGCUGGACGCAUCCAAGACGAUGGAGAAGAACAAGAAGAAAGGAAAGAUCUUCUGAAGAGAGACGCGACUGCUCGCUCCAAACUUGUUUCCUUUGAUCCUGUCUGAAGUUCACAUUGUAACGUGGUCCUCAGAACACACAACAGAACAUAACACAUGGCAUAACAACUCUCUGUGGAAGCCAUUUACACACACACAUAUAUAUGUACACACACACACACACACACACACACACACACACACACACACACACACACACACACACACACACACACACAAAACAGCUCACACGCUCGUCUCUCUGCAGGGUUUUACUGUAUCUCUUUAAACCUGUCUGUUUCCAUGGGGAAUGCAUGUGUUUGUGAAAUUCUAUUUUCCUAUAUUUCCUGACAAGGAGAAGUUUGAGUUCCUCUGAGUUUUCAGUGCGGCGUUAACACAUGGCAGGGACCAUGCAUAGCCAUCGUUCACAAGUAGUAGUUGUAUGUUCGCUAAGUAUUCAUAGAUCUGCAGAUAUACCAACUCUUUCUUUUACUGUUCUAAAGAUUUAACAGGCGUGUGCACACUAAAGCUGUGAGGAGAAGGUAAAGUGUACGUGAGGGAAGGCAACUGAAUGAUUCUGGGUCUGAGGAGAGAAGUCAGGUGGAGCGGAGGCCCGGUCUCACCGCAAACUGCCAAAAACUAAACUGGUCACGCUAGCAUAGCGUUCAAGCUAACAUGCUUGACUGCCUGAAAACGUCCCGGCAGCAUUUUACUGAAAUACUGGCUCGUUCCCGUGUGCCGUUCAAUAAAGACAGUGUGAAGGUGAACUGUGAUCGUUAGGUACCUGUUAACAUUAGUAGCUGUUUGAAAUGGAGCGUGAUCACAACACAUCUCCCAUCACUAAAUACAUGUUUUAAAUAAUAUUUUAGUAAAAGUGCUUCUCAGACUUUUCUCAUUAGCAAAUUCAGCCCUGCAAUAAAAUUACUUUGUCCAAUUAAAAAAAAUCUUAGAAUAAAAGUGUAGUUUUUUAGCUUUUAAGUAAAAAUAAAACGAUGCAGAGUUGGUUUACAUUCCAGAGCUCGUUCACGUGUUAGCAAUUACAUGUUUUAAGUUAAAGAACUUUAUCUCGUCAGACACACAAAACAAGCAAAACACAUUUUUAACAUGAGCAAAUGCAUCUGAGUAAUAUAGAAAUUACAAAUUAAAACGAAUCUAUUAAAAUUUGCCUCCUGUACUUUGAAUAGCUUUAUUAGUAAAUACACUUUUCUCCUGUUCCAAAUGCAUCUUUUAAUACUUCUUGUUUUCUUUUAAGUCACCCAAAAAAAGUCAUUUUGAGGUCAUUUAGCAGUGUUAUUAUAUAUUCAGUGAUCUACAAACAUAAAGGCCGCUCUCCUUUGUGACAGAAAACUUAAAUAUCUGUUAACAGCUUCCUAGCAAAAACUACUCUCUAUUUUGGACUCUGUACCUUCAAAAUUUUAGUGUCCAGGUACAAAUACAGAGAUUUAUUUUGAAAGAUUUGCCAGAUUUGUGGCUGUCGGUGGACCGGGCCUUCAGAUUGGAUCGUGCUGCAGGAGUUUCUUUACUAAAUGUUUUGUCUGAGGACGUGUUCGGAUCUAAAGCUUGCAGUCUGGAGGGGAGGAAGUCAUGUGUGUCACAGCAGCCAAGAUAUCGUCAUUGCAGUGUGUGUGUUAACUAUUUUUGAAUAAACGACAAUAUGCAAAAAGCCUGAUCGGUGUCUGAAAACUUUACAGGUUACAGUGCUAAUAAAGAUGUUUUAUAUUGUAACGUGAGUGAUGGAUGUUGUCUUAGACCCGAAACCCUGAUGUUCACGAUUCUGUGACAUUUUUCCUUUUGGGUCCAACCACCAAAGGGACGACUCAUCAGAAAGCUGAAAUCUUCCUUUCACCUUCCUUUUACGAAGACGUUUGCCAAAAACAGCCAAAACUUUGUGUUUGGCUUUAUUUUAGAUUAUUAUAUAUGUAUAUGUUCCAAACAGCUUGUGCACGCAACAAAACGCCAGCCCUCUGUUAAACAGGUUAUAUAGAUGACAUGUUCAGGAGCUUUCCCAGAGUUGUCAUGUUUUAUUUUCAUAUGACGAUUAUAUUAAUACUCUAUAUACGGUUGAAGAAAGACUCUUUAAUUCCCUUGUAGUUUUCUUAAAUGUUUUAGUGUGGCUAGGCGUGGUUUGCAGUGCCGUGCAGGGAGGGUGGACACCUGCACGGCAUCCGCAGUCAUUCCCCGUCCACUUAAAAUCUGUACUGGUUCCUGUGAUUGGGGUUCUUGGUAUGUUGAUCUGGCAGCAGGAGAGCUGCAGCUGUGUCUUUGUAACAGCAACCAUGCGUUUGAGAAGUAAUAAAAUAAAGUAUGCUGCAAA